GUGUGCGGCCUGUGUGCGGCUCAGCCAGGAGCACGCUGCGUAACAUGGAAAUGAAUGAACUGAUAAAAGUUUCAGCUUAUGUCCCUUCAGCGGGCGCGUUUCAGUGUUAUUCCAACUAAUGAUCGGCAGGGAGCAGCAUAUUGCUCCUGCGCGCCUUUCAUGUGAGGCCAAUCUGUGCCAGUGGUGGAGAAAGGAGCGGUGGGGGGAAGUGGUCCAUUGCUCUGGGGAUUGUUGUCCACUUCACAUCAUGUCUCUGUACCGAAACACCAUCUGGUUCUUGAAUGGGAUCCAACAAUACACAAGGAAGGGAUAUGUGGCUGCGUCUAAAAGCUUUGAGGCUAAAGACCUUGAAGUCUCUGUUGUGGGCCGAUCUUUCAUGAUCACUGGAGCCAACAGUGGUAUUGGCAAAGCAACAGCCAAGGCUAUAGCCAAGAAAGGUGGGACGGUCCACAUGGUGUGCAGGAACAAAGACAGAGCAGAAGAAGCCAAGUCGGAGAUUGUUUCUGAGUCUGGUAACGCGGAGGUAUACAUCCAUGUCGUUGACAUGUCCCAGACUCACAAAGUGUGGGAGUUUGCUGAGGCCUUCAAGAAAGAGUAUCCAUCACUGAAUGUCCUGAUAAACAACGCAGGCUGUAUGAUGUCCAAGAGAGAGCUGAAUGCAGAGGGUUUGGAGAUGAACUUUGCCACCAACACCAUGGGGGUGUAUAUUCUCACUCAGACUCUCAUACCACUUCUGCAGAAGAGCCGGGAUCCAAGAGUGAUCACUGUGUCCUCGGGGGGCAUGCUGGUCCAGAAACUCCAAGUUGAUGAUUUGCAGUCAGAGAAGGGCCGCUUUGAUGGCGUCAUGGUCUAUGCACAGAACAAGAGACAGCAGGUGGUGCUAACAGAACACUGGGCCAAAACCAACCCCGUCAUUCACUUUUCCGUCAUGCAUCCCGGCUGGGUUGAUACACCAGCUGUGUCUACAGCAAUGCCUCAGUUCCAUCACAUGAUGGGGGACAGGCUGCGCAGCGUAGACCAAGGCGCUGACACAGUGGUGUGGUUGGCCCUGUCCAGAGCUGCUGCUAGAAAACGCAGCGGGCAGUUCUUCCAAGAUCGUAAACCCGUUGCCACGCACCUGACCCUGGCCUGGACUCACAGUUCUCCUGAAGAGACCCGCAGUUUCCUAACUCAGCUGGAGACUCUGGCCAGAGCUGCUCAGUCACGGCGUGACGUGGAUCUUAAAGGCCGCGAGGACGCUUCCACGCCUCAGUUUGUCUAACCUCUGCAGUUGCACAUAUGUGUCACCGACUCAAUAAAGUCCAAAUGAGUGCUAGA